AAAUUUUUUUUUUUCUUUUUAAUUGUGAUUUAGGUGAAAGUUUACACAGCAAAUUAGUUUCUCAUUAAGCAGUUAAUAUACAUACAGUUUUGUGACAGUCGUUGCCAACCCCGCAACAUGUCAACACUCUCCCGUUCUCGGCCUUGGGUUCCCCAUUUCUGCUCGCCCAGCUUUCCUGUCCCCUCCUGCCUUCUUGUUCUUGCUAGUGGGCUGGUGUGCCUAUUCAGUCUCGUACACGUGGUUAGGCUACACGUGUAUUGUUUGUCUUAUAGGCCCGUCUAAUCUUUGGCUGAAGGGGGAACUUCAGGAGUGACUUCAGUAGUGAAUUAAGGGGUGUCUGGUGGGGCCAUAUUCACAUGGUUUCUCCAGUCUCUAUCAGGCCAGUAAGUCUGGUCUUUUUUGUGAGUUAUAAUUUUAUUCUACAUUUUUCUCCAGCCCUGUCUGGGACCCUCUAUUGUGAUCCCUGUUAGAGCAGUCAGUGGUAGCUGGUCACCAUGUAGUUGUGCUGGGCUCAGUUUGGUGGAGGCUGUGGUAGUUGUGGUCCAUUGGUCAUUUGGACUAAUCUUUCCCUUGUGUCUUUGUUUUUCUUCAUUCUCUCUUGCUCCAGUCAGGGUGGACGAGUAGAUGUAUCUUAGAUGGCUGCUUACAAGCUUUUACGACCCCAGACGCUAUUCACCAAAGUAGGAUAUAGAACAUUUUCUUUAUAAACUAGGUUAUACCAAUUGAACUAGAUGUCCCCUGAGAGGAAGUUGCUUUUUAAGCACCAUUUUUUUUUUUUUUUACCCUGCUCAGGAGAGGGUGGGGAGGGGCAGGGACUCAAGAGUCAGACUGGCUGAGCAUAGGUUUUGACAACGCUCUUUAUUAGCGGGUGACCACCUUGCCCCAGUUUCCUCAUCUGUAACAUGGGGAUGACAUAAUAUCUACCUCACAGGGUUGUAUGGAGGUUAAAUGUAAAACACUCAGGACCUGGCAAAAUGCACCAUCAGCAGGAGCGGAUAACCCAGUAAGCAAGGUGAACAAUUGUAAUGACCAAUUGCUCGCUACAGAUUAGUAAGUAAGCCCGUGCUUACCUUGCUUACUGGGUCACCUGUCCCUGUCAGGGAUUGUAAAUUUGAAAAGAGGCUUUGAUUCUGUAGGAGGGUGCUGUGGGCCUGGGCGAGAGGCAGAUGCCAGCCCUACCUAGAAACAGAAUCUUGAUGCGGUAAAAAAAUGUGAACACUGUGCUUACUUUCCUUAUGGAUAAUCCCCUCCUGGCCAUCAGCAUUACCUUGUGGGCCAGGCCUGUACAGCAUGGCCUCAUUGAGUCCUGGACUCAGGCCUAUCACGGAGAAGUCACGUGGUCUGUGUUGAGGACAGGCUUGGCUCGGCAUGAGGCCUCAGCUCUGACACUUGCCAGUCAUGUGACCUGUGCAGGCUUCUUAGUCUACGCUUGUGUUUCUACAUCAAUGAAAUGGGGAUAGUAAUUGCAUGAGCCUCAUGGGUCUUUGAGAAGAGUGAGUAAGAUGAAGCCUGGGAAGCCCUGAACACAAACUGGCUCAUUAGUUCGGGUUUACUAAUCUGCUGAGGUUCAAGGAGGUUGAGUGACCUGCUCAAGGUCAGAGAGCAGACUGGCGGUGGAACUGGGAUUUGAACCCAGGAGCUGGGUACACUGACCUCCCUCAGGGCCCUAGGGAAGCCCCUUAUGAUGCUGAGCCAGAAGGAACGCCCAUUUGCAGCCCCAGAUGCAUCCCAGCACCAGGGGGGCGGUUUAGUCCUCACAUGCAUCCUUGGGUGUGUACAACCCACCGCAACCACCCCUCCACUGCCAGGUAAAGGCGAGAGGUCCCUGGGUGCCAGGGGGAGGGGGACUUGCCCUGAGUGUGAAGAAUGCUGGAUAGUCCCUCAUUCAGGUGUUGAUGGGUGCCUUCCCCAAGCCAGGCAGGUUUCUUUAAUCAUCACAGUAGCCCUGAGAAUCAGGUACUGUUGUCAUCUCAUUUUUUAGCUUUAUAGAGAUAUAAUUCACAUACUGUGCAGUUGACCCAUUUAAAGUGUACGAUUCAACGCUUUUUCAUGUAUUUCAUGUCCAUAUUCUCCCCUCCCCUGGCCCCUGGCCACCACUCAUCUACUUUCUGUGUCUACAGAUUUGCCUAUUCUGGACAUUUGUAUAAAUGGAAGCAUAAAAUACGUGUUUGUUUAUUUUUUGCUGCUGGUUUCUUUCACUUAGCCUAAUUGUUCAGGAUUCAUCCAUAUUGGCGCAUGUAUCAGAACUUUGUUUCUCUUUAUUACUGAAUAACGUUCCAUCGCAUGGAUACACCAUUCAUCAGUUGAUGGACAUCUUGGUUGCUUCCAUUUUUUGACUGUUAUGAAUAACUCUGCUAUGAACAUUCAUGUACAAGUUUCUGUGUGGACAUGUUUUCCCAUUCUACAAGUAAGGAAAUCAAGGCUCAAAGAGCGAAAACCUCUUGCCCAAGCUCACCCAGCUGAGCUUAGCCCAGCACCUCCAGAGAGCCCAGUAAAUGAUCAGGGGUGUUAUCCUCAAAGACUUGUUAGCAGAGGUAUCUCACUUUGGAAGCAAGCCCGUGGACGCCAUGCGGGGGGCUCUGACACCCCUGUCUCCACCGCCAACUCUGCUGCUUCUGCUGCUGCUGCUGCUGGAGAGUGGGCCGAGGGCAGCCACUGGCGGUGGGGCUGGUGGGGCAGCUGGGUACGCCUCCGUGAAGUACGUGCAGCCCAUGCACAAAGGACCCGUGGGACCACCCUUCCGUGAGGGCAAGGGCCAGUACCUGGAAAUGCCUCUACCACUGCUGCCAAUGGACCUGAAAGGAGAGCCUGGCCCCCCUGGGAAGCCUGGGCCUCGGGGGCCUCCAGGCCCCCCUGGCUUCCCAGGAAAACCAGGCACUGGAAAGCCAGGGCUACAUGGGCAGCCUGGCCCCGCCGGCCCCCCUGGCUUCUCCAUGAUGGGCAAGGCUGGUCCCCCAGGGCUCCCAGGCAAGGUUGGACCACCAGGGCAGCCGGGGCUUCGGGGAGAGCCAGGGAUACGAGGGGACCAGGGCCUCCGGGGGCCCCCAGGACCCCCUGGCCUUCCCGGCCCCUCAGGCAUAGCUGUCCCUGGAAAACCAGGUCCCCAGGGAGCGCCAGGGCCGCCAGGAUUCCGAGGGGAACCAGGGCCUCAGGGGGAGCUUGGGCCCCCAGGCAAUCGAGGCCUCAAGGGGGAUAAUGGAGUGGGCCAGCCAGGGCUGCCUGGGCCCCCAGGGCAGGGGGGUGCCCCCGGGGCCCCUGGCCUCCCUGGUCCAGCUGGCUUGGGCAAACCAGGUCUGGAUGGGCUUCCUGGAGCCCCUGGAGACAAGGGUGAGUCUGGGCCUCCUGGGAUGCCAGGUCCCAGGGGGGAGCCUGGGGCUGUUGGCACAAAAGGGCCCCCUGGGGUGGACGGUGUGGGGGUACCAGGGGCAGCAGGAGUGCCAGGGCUACAGGGCCCUGCAGGAGCCAAAGGGGAGCCAGGGGUCCGGGGUCCCCCGGGCCUGAUAGGCCCCACUGGCUAUGGGAUGCCAGGACUGCCAGGCCCCAAGGGGGACAGGGGCCCAGCUGGAGUCCCAGGGCUCCUAGGGGACAGGGGUGAGCCAGGCGAAGAUGGGGAGCCAGGGGAGCAGGGCCCACAGGGCCUUGGGGGCCCCCCUGGACUUCCUGGGUCUGCAGGGCUCCCUGGCAGACGUGGGCCCCCUGGGCCUAAGGGGGAGGCAGGGCCUAUAGGACCCCCAGGAGUACCUGGCAUUCGGGGUGACCAAGGGCUCAACGGCCUGGCUGGGAAACCUGGAAUCCCAGGAGAGAGGGGGCUUCCUGGGGCCCAUGGUCUCCCUGGACCAACGGGGCCCAAGGGUGAGCCUGGUUUCACCGGCCGCCCUGGGGGACCAGGGGUGGCGGGUGCGCUAGGGCAGAAGGGUGACUUGGGGCUCCCUGGGCAGCCUGGUUUGAGAGGCCCCUCGGGAAUCCCAGGACUCCAGGGCCCAGCUGGCCCUCUUGGGCCCCAAGGUCUGCCAGGCCUUAAGGGUGAACCAGGCCUGCCAGGGGCCCCUGGAGAAGGGAAGGUGGGGGAACCUGGCAUGGCUGGGCCCACAGGGCCCCCUGGAGUCCCUGGCUCCCCUGGACUCACAGGUCCUCCAGGGCCUCCAGGGCCUCCUGGUCCUCCUGGCGCCCCUGGGGCCUUUGAUGAGACUGGCAUUGCAGGCCUGCACCUGCCCAAUGGUGGCGUGGAGGGUGCUGUGCUGGGCAAGGGGGGCAAGCCGCAGUUCGGGCUGGGUGAGCUGUCAGCCCAUGCCACGCCCGCCUUCACUGCCGUGCUGACCUCGCCCUUUCCUGCCUCGGGCAUGCCUGUGAAAUUUGACCGGACCCUCUACAACGGCCACAGCGGCUACAACCCUGCCACUGGCAUCUUCACCUGCCCUGUGGGCGGCGUCUACUACUUUGCUUACCAUGUGCACGUCAAGGGCACCAGUGUGUGGGUGGCCCUGUACAAGAACAACGUGCCAGCCACCUACACCUACGACGAAUACAAGAAGGGCUACCUGGACCAGGCAUCUGGAGGGGCCGUGCUCCAGCUGAGGCCCAAUGACCAGGUCUGGGUGCAGAUGCCCUCAGACCAGGCCAACGGCCUCUACUCCACUGAGUACAUCCACUCCUCCUUUUCAGGGUUCUUGCUCUGCCCCACAUAACCCGCAAGGGGGCCCUGCUGCCCUGGCCUCCUCCUCUGUAGUGGUGGAGAGACUUUUCACUUACAAAGAACCUCCAUUUAGAGAAAAAAACCAAAGGUGGAAUAGAGGCGGCCAUGGCCUUGGCCAAAGGAGACUGACCUGCUUUCUCCCUGCACAUGGGCUGAGAUUGUUUCUGGAAGAGGCUGACUUGAGUUUCUCUCCCUGUCUCUCCCAAGUGUCGGUGCCAUGUCGGGACUGCACCCCAAUUCCUAACCUGUCUGGUCUGGAGGCAGGGCCCCAGGACACUCAGCUCAGCUGUAGGAGACUCCCCACCCCCCUUUGAGUCCUGGGCUCUGCUGGGCCGUGAAGAGUGCUGCUCCUCUGUGAGUCAGAGCUGGCAGGGCUGAGCUCCCCAUCCACCCAGGGAGACACACUCCCAAGCCUGCCCUUCCUGCUGGGCCCAAGAUGGCCUCCCCCACGGUCCUUGGCUGGGGCUCUUCCAGCUCCCCUGGGAUCUCCAGCACAUGGCAGAGGCUUCUCUGAACAAUCAGGGGAAAGGGAGAGAAGGGAACUCAUCGAGGCGGACAUCCUGCCCAGACUGCAACCCCAGUGGUUAUGCUGUGCCUUAGGCCCGUCCAUGGCGGGUACAGCUGCGUGACCCUCUGCAGCCUCCUGGGAAGGGUCAACCCCUUUCACCGCUCCAGCUGCAGCCAAGGGGAAGGUUGUUUGUGAUCUGGGGCAGGAAGCAGCUUUUUGCUUUAUCUCCUCCAUCUCCCAUGCUGCCCCCACCAGCUGAGGGCAGCCACACAGGCUCCUGGGGACCAUCACAUGCCAGAGACCAAACUCUGUGAAGUGUCUAGCACAGGCCCUGGCAUGAGGCAGGACCAUCAAUCACCAAACAUGAGUGCCCCUCCCUUUCUCCCUCUCACCUGCUGGGUGUGUGUGGGGUGUGUGUGGGGUGUCGGGGUAGUGCUGAUUUGCUCGUACAAUAUUAUAAGGGGAUCCUCCCUGUCCCCAAUCCAAGUAUCCCCAAGGUGGACAGCCUCUUGUUUGGCCAAUGAGGCACACCCAAGCUUGGGGAUGAAGACAUCCACUUGCUUUUCUCUAAUGAGAACCAUAUGAUACGUAUGUUGUGUACUAAAGGGGUCCAUCUGUAGGGGCUUCCUCUCCUCUCACCCUCUGGUUCCAAUUUCCUGUUCUAAGCAGGAUUAGGGCCCAGGAGGCUAGGGCUUGGAGAGGAAGGGUGCCAACAGACCCCUUUGGAAUGGGUUGGCUCUGGAUGCUUCUGCCAUUUUCCCAAAGUAGUGCUCCCCUGCUGGAGACAGACAGGAUCCUGCUCCCAUCCCCUCAGUGCCUAAUUCUAGCUCUCAGUGGAUCAAGCUGAGAUUAGUGCUGGGGGAUGGAUGCAAGGAUGGUCAGUUUCCCAGUGGCUCAAGGCUUUGUCCCUGCCAAGCCAGCCACUUCCCUAUACCAGGUGUGAACCUGGGUCAUUCUAUAUGUGAUCUUCUACAAUCUGGCCAACUCCAAACUGUCCCUGUUGAAAAUGGAGCGUGACUGCUUUUGACAGGCUAAGCUGUGGCUCCCUCAGGCCCCUUGCCAGUCCCCCAUCCCUCCCCACUUCUCCAAAUACAGCAGGCUAUUUGAGUGCUCACCUUAACUUUCAACAAAAGGAGAAAUGAAAACCCAAACCUGGCCAAGUGACACUUUAAGAAAAGGUAUUGGCUGGGAUUCCUGGUAGGUUUCUUACUCCCAAACACCCAAAAGAACUGGAUAAGGAAAGUCUCAAACCAUAUACCUAGUGGGGGUCCCUUGUUCAACUUCCUGCUCCCCUAGGUCAAAGCCACCAGAAUCUGACCUGUUAGGGUUUCUGAUUGGCAGCAAUCAACCAGCUUCCAGUGUGAGCCCAGGGGGUCAAGGAAGGUACCAGGAGACACACAGACAUGUACACACACAGGCUGUGUCACAAAGUUGAGCCUCUUCCAAGUUUCAUUCUUGAAGACUUUAAGGAGGGAUGGCUGGUGUUUCCUAAAUGUUUAGGGCAUCUUAGUUUCAGAUGCCCACUUAACUGACUAGCUUUGAUAAACUUGUCAGGUUUUAACUAUGAAAACUACAUUACCUUGUGCGUUUUUAUAUUCUGAUUCUUAAAUUUUUUUUUUAAGAUUAAGGUUUAAAUGUUUGCUGUUAGUAAUUUCAUUUCUAACCUGGUUUAGGAAGUGUAGUGUCACAGCAGAUGGGGGAAAAAUGCACUCGGGAAUCCAAGAAAAUGGGGCUUCUUUUUGAAAAGAAACAAUACUGACUAUAUUGACACAACCUCAAUAAAACCUGUUGUAUAAAACAGCGCCGUGCUGCCAUGGCUCCAUGCAGGGGGCGCCCAAGCCUCUGGACUUCCUGGCGCCUGGGGAGUUCUCCAGGUCUUGCUGUAGCCCCUCUCAGGAGCGUGUGUUCCUCAGCAGCUCCCAACCUUGGGUUCUGUCACCACCACAUCAGACGUGCUCUAUGCUCCCAAGCUGCCAAGGCUCUGCACCAAAUAAAUGCUGAAAGGCA